UCUUUCUGUAAGAUUGUGAUUGCCACUCCUGGACGUCUGAUAGAUGUACUUGAAAAUCGUUACUUAGUCCUGAGUCGUUGUACUUAUGUGGUACUGGACGAGGCUGACCGCAUGAUUGACAUGGGUUUUGAGCCUGAUGUCCAGAAGAUCCUGGAGCACGUGCCAGUUACCAACCAGAAGCCAGAUACUGAUGAGGCGGAGGAUCCUGAAAAAAUGAUUGCCAAUUUUGAAUCUGGAAAGCACAAGUAUAGACAGACUGUUAUGUUUACAGCAACCAUGCCACCUGCUGUAGAGCGAUUGGCGAGAAGCUAUCUCCGUCGUCCAGCUGUGGUUUACAUUGGCUCAGCAGGCAAACCUCAUGAGAGAGUUGAGCAGAAGGUGUUCCUCAUGUCCGAAGGCGAGAAGAGGAAGAAGUUGCUCAACAUCCUUGAGAAAGGCUUUGAUCCACCAAUCAUUAUCUUUGUCAACCAAAAGAAGGGUUGUGAUGUUCUGGCCAAGUCAUUGGAGAAGAUGGGAUACAAUGCCUGUACACUUCAUGGUGGUAAAGGACAGGAGCAGAGAGAGUUUGCUCUGUCUAACCUCAAGGCUGGCGCUAAGGAUAUCUUGGUUGCCACUGAUGUUGCUGGUAGAGGUAUUGAUAUUCACGAUGUCUCCAUGGUUAUCAACUAUGACAUGGCCAAGAACAUUGAAGACUAUAUCCAUCGUAUUGGAAGAACCGGCAGAGCUGGUAAGAGUGGUGUUGCCAUCACUUUCCUGACCAAGGAAGAUUCCUCAGUGUUCUACGAUCUCAAGCAGGCAAUCCUGGAAAGCCCAGUGUCGUCCUGUCCUCCUGAGCUGGCCAACCAUCCGGAAGCACAGCACAAACCUGGCACCAUCCUUACCAAAAAGAGGAGAGAGGAGACUAUCUUUGCAUGAGCUCUUCUGUUCAGGGUCUUGAAGGGUUUUGUAUUUGUAGUAUUGUAUGUGCUGCCAUUGCCAUCACUGCGUCACAUUGGUACAAUGCAAUGUAUGGUAAGGUUUCAUUGGGAUGGAAGGACUGUAGUUACAGUAACUGCAAAUGUCCCACUUAAUUGAAUGGAGUGGCUGGAAUAGAUAAUUCUUUGAACACAAGAAAUCUAAAUUGUGCAGGUAAGAUUUUUCUGAUGUAUCUCUAACUACAGAAGAACAGCUUUCAGAUUAUUUAUAAAAAUAUGGGUAACAAGAUUUGUCAGCAGUGUUUGUCAUCAGUAUAAACCAAACUUUCCUCUGUGGACAGCAUCAUUUGUGCCAGCUAAAGUUUUUUUUUAAAAAAGAAUUUCUUCCCUUUUUAUUUUAUUUUUUUUAUACCGUG